GAGUGCGCCUGCGUGCUGGCGGCGGCGGCGGCGGCGGCGGCGGUGGUGCCCGGCGGGGAGUGGGUCCGGAGCGGGCUCCCGGACCCGAAACGGAAGGGGCGUCUGGGGGCGUCGGGGAGCUCCCUCGCCUGGCCCUCGGCGGCCUGAUGGAGUAAGAAGGGUCGGCUGUGAAGGUGUGACGUUGAGUGCUUCAGAUCUGGUCACUAUGGUACGAGAACGAAAAUGCAUAUUGUGCCACACUGUGUGCAGUUCAAAAAAGGAGAUGGACGAACACAUGCGGAGCAUGUUGCAUCACAGGGAACUUGAAAACCUGAAGGGCAGGGACAGUAGUCAUGAGUGCCGAGUGUGCGGGGUCACAGAAGUGGGUCUUUCUGCAUAUGCAAAGCAUAUUUCUGGCCAGUUGCACAAAGAUAACGUUGAUGCCCAGGAAAGAGAAGAUGAUGGAAAGGCAGAGGAAGAAGAAGAAGAUUAUUUUGACAAGGAACUCAUUCAGUUAAUAAAACAAAGGAAAGAAAAAAGUCGACAAGGUGAACCUUCCAAUAGCAGCCAAGAAAUAAACUCUGAUGACAGGCGACCCCAACGGAGACGAGAAGACCGAAUUCCUUACAAAGACAGAGAGAGUUACAGUCAGCAAACAUGGCAUCAUCGUGGACCCCCACAGUGGGAUUGGAAAUGGGAGAAAGAUGGCUUUAAUAAUAGUAGGAAAAACAGCUUUCCACAUCCUUUGAGGAAUAAUGGUGGACCAAGAGGUUGUUCUGGGUGGCAUAAUGGUGUUGCAGGAGGCUCCUCAACUUGGUUUCACAGUCAUAGUAAUUCUGGAGGUGGUUGGCAUUCAAAUAGUGGAAUGGUAGAUUGGAAUCAUAAUGGUACAGGAAGGAAUUCCAGUUGGCAUUCUGAAGGAACAGGUGGCUUUUCCAGUUGGCAUAUGAACAACAAUAACGGAAACUGGAAAUCCAAUGUACGUAGUACAAAUACCUGGAAUUACAGUGGCCCAGGAGACAGAUUUCAACCAGGCAGAAGCAGAAAUUCUAACUGUCAAAUGGAAGACAUGACUGUGCUAUGGAACAAGAAAUCAAAUAAGUCAAACAAAUACAAUCAACAGAGAUAUACUUGGCAGCGGAAAGAAAAUGACAAAGUUGGUACAGUUUCCACAUGUAGAGGUCCUUCUGAAGGAUUUACAAGUGAUAAAUUUUCUUCUGAAGGCUUACUCGACUUCAGUUUUGAGCAGCCAGAAAACCAAAGCACUAAGAAAACAGAUACUGCAGCUUCCAAAGUUAGUGGAAAGAAUGGCAGUGGGGCAAGGGAAAAGCCCCAACGCUGGACUCCAUACCCUUCCCAGAAGACUCUGGAUUUACAGUCGGGUUUAAAAGAAGUCACUAGUAACAAGUCAGAAGUGACAGAUAAGCCUUUAUUUGAUUUUAGCUUGAUUUUAGCCACAGGAACACAAGAACUCCAACCUUAUGAAACAAAUAACUCCCGAACACUCAAAACACAGAAAGAAAUGCUAUCGUUUAGUCACAAAGCCACUUCUGACUGCACUGCUGCCUAUGAGGCGGCGAGAAAUGGCCCCAUUACAGAAAAACCCGAACAAGAGCAUAACUCAGCUAAGAUGCCAUCAUUGAAAUUCCCACUUCUUUCACUUCCAGCCACUAAAUCAUUUCCUCAAAAGCAAGAUUCAAAGUUUCCCUCAAAAAACACCAAAACUAAUUCCUUUUUCCCUGGAGAGCACUCACAUCCCUUGAACAAACCCACUGGGGAAGAUAACCAGGAUUCUUACAUAUCCAAAUUGCAUAGUUCAAGUCCUUGUAUUUUAAAAGCUAAUAAAAGUACUUUUGAAGCUCAAAAGGAAUCUGAUGAUGAUUUAAAUGAAACGUUACAAAAAGCCAAAGAGGUGCUACAGUGCCAUGAGUCAUUGCAAAAUCCACUUCUUAGCACUUGUAAAAGGACCAAGAAGUAUGCAAAAGCAAGUAGAAAUGUAGAAGAAUCUGAAAAAGGAUCUUUGAAAAUUGAAUUUCAAGUACAUGCAUUAGAAGAUGAAAGUGAUGGAGAGACAUCUGACACAGAAGAGCAUGGAACAAAAAUGGGAACCUUGGGGUCUGCAGCUACAGAAAUUUUAUCCUGUAGCACUCAUACUGCUGGUGAGAAAGAGGGAGAUGACCAAAUCCUGAAAACAUCUACGAAACUACCCACAGCCCCAUGUCAUUCCACAAUUGACCAGAAAGAGUCUGAGUUGCAAAUGGCAUCCGGAUCCAGUGGCCAACCCAGCUUAUUGGUAGACUUGAAAACCUCUCUGGAGGAUGCGCAGGUUAAUGACCCUGUUAAAUCUCAUGUAACAUUUGAAACAGAUGGUUUUGAGAGUACUAUCUUGGAUGCAGAGCUUCAAAAAAGCGAUACCAGUCAGCCUUCAGGCCCUGUCCUGCCUGAGCUAAGUAAGCUCGGCUUUCCUGCCUCACUCCAGAGAGAUCUAACCCGGCACAUAAGUUUGAAGAGCAAAACUGGAGCACACCUUCCCGAACCAAACCUCAAUAGUGCUCGCCGCAUUCGCAAUAUUAGUGGUCAUAGAAAGAAUGAGACAGAGAAGGAAUCUGGACUCAAGCCAACCCUACGACAGAUUCUAAAUGCCUCUCGGAGAAAUGUCAACUGGGAACAGGUCAUUCAGCAAGUAACCAAGAAAAAGCAAGAGCUGGGCAAAGGCUUACCCAGGUUUGGCAUAGAAAUGGUGCCUCUCGUGCCAAAUGAACAGGAGGUCUUGGAUUUGGAUGGGGAGGCUGAUCUGUCCAAUUUAGAAGGAUUCCAAUGGGAAAGUGUUUCUAUUUCCUCAUCCCCUGGAUUGGCAAGAAAGCGAAGCCUUUCUGAGAGCAGUGUGAUCCUGGACAGGGCUCCUUCUGUAUACAGCUUCUUCAGUGAGGAAGGCACAGGCAAAGAAAAUGAGCCUCAGCAGCUGAUUUCUCCUAGCAACCCACUGAGGACUGCAGAGAGUCAAAAAGCUGCUAUGCACCUUAAACAGGAAGUGGCACCUCUGGCCACUUCCCUCGGAACAGGUGAAAGGGCCGAAAAUGUAGCUACCCGAAGGCGACACAGUACACAGUUACCCUCUGAUCAUUUAAUACCUUUGAUGCAUUCAGCAGAAGACCUUAACAGCCGAGAGAGGGCCUCACCACCUUCAGAGAAUCAGAAUGCCCAGGAGAGUAAUGGAGAAGGAAAUUCCCUAUCAUCAAAUGUAUCCUCAGCCCUUGCAGUCUCCAGUGUAGGUGAUGCAGCCACAGAUAGUAGCUGUACCUCUGGUGCUGAACAAAAUGAUGGCCACAGUAUUAGAAAGAAACGAAGAGCCACUGGAGAUGGAUCUUCUCCUGAACUCCCAAGUCUUGAGAGAAAAAAUAAAAGAAGGAAAAUUAAAGGAAAGAAAGAACGUUCUCAGGUUGACCAGCUGCUGACUAUUUCUUUAAGGGAGGAAGAACUAAGUAAGUCAUUGCAGUGCAUGGAUAACAAUCUUCUACAGGCCCGUGCAGCCCUUCAGACAGCUUAUGUUGAAGUUCAGAGGCUACUCAUGCUCAAGCAACAGAUAACUAUGGAGAUGAGUGCACUGAGGACCCAUAGAAUACAGAUUCUACAGGGACUACAAGAAACAUAUGAACCUGCUGAGCACCCAGACCAAGCUCCCUAUAGCCUCACACGAGAACAAAGGAACAGUAGAUCUCAAACAUCUGAUGUCACACUGCUGCCUGCUCCCCUUUUCCCAGUUUUCCUGGAGGCUCCAUCUUCCCAUGUGCCACCGUCAUCCACUGGAACCCCUCUUCAAGUAACCACAUCUCCUGCUUUCCAACCCCAUGGCAGUGGCCCUGCUCCAGACUCAUCAGUUCAGAUUAAACAAGAGCCUAUGUCUCCCGGACAAGAUGAGAAUGUGAAUGCUGUGUCACAAGGUUCUGCUUGCAAUGUGUCCAAGGAAUUACUGCAAGCUAAUAGAGAGAUCAGUGACAGUUGUCCAGUUUAUCCAGUCUUCACUGCUACGUUGUCCUUAUCAGAGCUAACAGAAAGUUUCCAUGAGCCUAGCCAAGACGUGAAGUUUUCUGUGGAACAAGGGAAUACCAGAAACAGAGAAACCCCUCCCUCUUCCCAAUCAGCUGGUCUUCCUAGCAUGAAAAGAGAAGGUGAAGAGCCAGCCAAAGUCAACAGUGGAUCUGAAGCUUAUACAAGUUCUUUUCUAAGAUUAUCUUUUGCUUCAGAAGCCCCUUUGGAGAAGGAACCCCACUCUCCAGCUGACCAGCCUGAGCAACAGGCAGAGUCCACUCUGACAUCAGCUGAAACUAGAGGAAAUAAGAAAAAAAAGAAACUUCGAAAGAAGAAAAUGCUACGGGCUGCCCAUGUUCCUGAGAAUAGUGACACUGAACAGGAUGUAUUUACUGCUAAACCUGUAAGGAAAGUAAAAACUGGAAAGUUGUCUAAAGCAGGGAGAGUAACAAUCUCCGCUUGGGAAGAUAUCAGGGCUGGGCAGGAGCAGGAGAGUGUCAGAGAUGAGCCAGAUAGUGACUCAUCUCUGGAAGUCCUAGAAAUUCCUAAUCCUCAGUUAGAAAUCGUAGCCAUUGAUUCUUCUGAAUCUGGAGAAGAGAAACCAGACAGUCCAUCUAAAAAGGAUGUUUGGAACUCGGCAGAGCAAAACCCACCAGAAACUUCUCGUUCUGCUUGUGAUGAAGUGAGCUCUACCAGUGAGAUUGGCACUCGCUAUAAGGAUGGCAUCCCUGUAAGAGUGGCAGAAACUCAGACUGUGAUCACUUCCAUAAAAGCAUCAAAGAACUCUUCAGAAAUAUCUUCAGAGCCUAGAGAUGAUGAUGAGCCCACAGAAGGAAACUUUGAGGGGCAUGAAGCUGCAGUGAAUGCAAUUCAAAUAUUUGGAAACUUACUAUAUACAUGUUCUGCGGAUAAAACUGUCCGAGUUUAUAAUCUGGUGAGCCGGAAAUGUAUUGGUGUCUUUGAGGGCCAUACCUCAAAAGUGAACUGCCUCCUGAUUACUCAGACCGUUGGGAAGAAAGCUGCCCUUUACACGGGUUCCAGUGAUCACACCAUUCGCUGCUAUGACGUUAAGACCCGAGAGAGCAUGGAGCAAUUACAGCUGGAAGACCGGGUCCUCUGCCUCCACAAUAGAUGGCGAAUCCUCUAUGCUGGACUGGCAAAUGGCACUGUGGUCUCCUUCAACGUAAAGAACAACAAACGGCUUGAGAUCUUUGAAUGCCAUGGCCCUCGGGCAGUCAGCUGCCUUGCCACAGCUCAGGAAGGUGCCCGAAGGCUGCUGGUUGUGGGAUCUUAUGACUGUACCAUUAGUGUACGUGAUGCACGGAAUGGACUGCUCCUCAGAACUCUGGAGGGCCAUAGCAAAACUAUUCUUUGCAUGAAGGUGGUGAAUGACCUUGUGUUCAGUGGCUCCAGUGAUCAGUCAGUCCACGCCCACAACAUUCACACUGGUGAGCUUGUACGGAUCUAUAAAGGUCACAAUCAUGCAGUGACUGUGGUGAAUAUCCUAGGAAAAGUAAUGGUGACGGCUUGCCUGGAUAAGUUUGUUCGCGUCUAUGAAUUACAGUCCCACGAUCGAUUGCAGGUUUAUGGAGGACACAAGGACAUGAUUAUGUGUAUGACCAUUCAUAAAAGUAUGAUUUAUACUGGAUGUUACGAUGGCAGUAUUCAGGCUGUGAGGCUAAAUCUGAUGCAGAACUACCGCUGUUGGUGGCACGGCUGCUCUCUGAUAUUUGGCGUUGUAGAUCAUUUAAAACAACACUUGCUGACUGACCACACUAAUCCAAACUUUCAAACUCUGAAAUGUCGCUGGAAGAACUGUGAUGCUUUUUUCACUGCUAGGAAAGGAUCCAAACAGGAUGCUGCAGGACACAUUGAGCGGCAUGCUGAAGAUGACAGCAAAAUUGAUUUAUGAAGUUUUUUGCCUCCCAUGUUGGGAAGUUGUUAGUUUAACUGUUUUUACAUUGGCCCUUCAUGUAGGCCAUUCUCUUCCCUUCCUUCAUGAAACAGGGAAGGAAAAAGUGGUUAUUAGCCAGACUUACCACUAGCAUAAGUCUGGGCAGCUCUAUGGGAUGGUGGGUUAUGUUUAAGUUCUUGCUGGAGGUUUUAAACAGUCAAAUUGAAUAGAUUUUUAGGAACUGUACUCCACUGAGACAACAUGACAUAGUGAUUUAUGCUACUAGUGUUCUCCAGAUGUUUAUUAAAGAUACAGAACUUAAUCGGUUCCUCAGUUUGACCCUAAUCAUACAUAUAUUUUGUUGAUUUCAGUUUGUGACUUUUGGUUUAUGUUCCUAUGAUGAUUAAACCUAUAAUCUGGCUUUUCAACACAAGUUUGUUCAAAGGCUAAAUUUUCACAAUCAGCUUAAAUUUUUGCAGUUGUAAUAACUGGACAUUUAAAUUGGAAGCAAAUAGUUUUCCUCUCUUAAUAAUUACAUGCAGUGUGUUUCACUUUUCUCUAGCUUUAUAGUUGGACAGAGCUGGCGUUAAAUGCUAAAGCACACACAGUAGAUGUCCCACAGACAGCCUGUACUUUAGGCAUUCAGAAAGCAAACCCCAUAAUGCCAAGUCCUUACAGUUGCCGCUUCCUAGUGAACUUCCCCUGCACGUUUUGAUAGCGUGCUCAGUGUGAGGCAGUGUAUUGAUUUAAUGUCUACCUUUAAAUGUGGCUGUCAGACUUGAGCAUUCACUGAUGUAGAUGUCUUCAGGCUGUUUGAACUGGAGAUGUACCAUUUUUUCCUUUCCAGUUUCUGACUUUCUGAGCCUGAUGGAGGUUUUGAACCCCUUUAUUUGCUGUGUUGCCAACUUCCAUCUCUCCCUCUGUCUGGCUUUGCCUAGACUGAUGGCAACUGUCAAGUAUUCCUCAAGGCUCACAGGUGCUUGCCACCCACCUGCAGCCCCCCCAAUGUGGGGGUGCUUAGAAUUAAUCAUCCAAAUACAGUUUUUAGGGCCUCCAGCAGGCUUCCUAGGGACAUAUCUGAAGCCAGUGUCUUUGCCUUCACUUCCUUGCGAGCUGGGAGAAAGGAGUGGAGUGCGGUGAAGGGAAAGACUGCCUGUCUGUUGAGAAUAGCCAAAUUAACAAAGCCUAAGUGGGGUUGCUUUGUUUUUGGAUUUUCUCUGGACUCUUAUCAGUAAAGCUAUGAAAUUGUUGCUUUCCAGCCUUUUGUUUCUGGAUCCUCAAAACUCAGAUACUUCAGAAGAGAAGGGGGAGGAGCCCAGUGCCACCUACCAAGCUUUGGGAUGUGAUGCCCACUGUUUUCUAGAUUUGCAGAGCAUCCGGGCUUGUCUCCACCCCUGUCAGCACAUAGACAUCUACUCAGGUGUCCUCCCUCAGGUUCUAGGGUAGGGGGGCUUCACUGAGAGUUCAUGAAUAGGCUUUAAAAGGGUCUGUGAACCCCCUGAAAUUGUAUACCAGACUAAAUACCAUGUUUCCUUGAAAAUAAGACCUACCCAAAAAAUAAGC